CCGCGCUGGCUGCGGAACCCGGGACACCUGCCCGUACAGGCUCAGGAGACCCCUUUCUCCUGGACGUUGGGACAAUGACCCUUUGGAGGUGACCCAGGAGAGAAGGGAUGAGGGCUGUUGAUUCUCCAGAUUGGGGUGUUACCCACGGCCUGGUUGCCUCCCGCAUUGAGACCUAUGGGGGCAAAUCCCAGACUAACAGUCUCCAUCCCAGAGGAGUCUCUAAGCUGGAGUUUCCCAACACUCAUGAGCUGGAGACAAAGCUGCAUGAAUUCAGCAUGUAUGGGAUACCCCGGCUGCCUCCCGAGGACCAGCAGCACUGGGAGAUCGGAGAAGGCAAUUGGGGCAGCCUGGCCACUGAGACGUCUUGGAAGGAGCUGGUGCCAGGGCACAAGGAGAUGAGCCGGGAUCUCUGCCACCAGCAGGAAGCACUCUGGGAGCUACUGACCACUGAGCUGAUCUACGUGCAGAAGCUCAAGAUUAUGACCGACCUCAUCGUCAACAGUUUGCUGAACUUGCACCGUGUGGGACUGCUAACAGAAGUGUCAGCUGAGCCCCUUUUUGGAAGUGUCCCCAGCUUGAUUCGAGCCCACCAGAGCUUUUGGGAGGAGGUGCUGGGGCCCACCCUGCAGGAGACUCGAGCCUCAGGCCAGCCUCUGGACCCAGUCAGUCUGCAAAAUGGCUUCCUGAAGUUCAAGGAGCGGUUCCAUCCCUAUGUCAAGUACUGCACACAAGUGAGGCAGACCAUGGCUCAUGCCCGGGAGCUGCAAGACAGUAACCAUCUCUUCCAUGUCUUCGUGCAGUGGUGUGAGAAACACAAGUGCUCAGGGAGACAGCAGCUGGGGGACCUGCUCAUCAAGCCCCACCAGCGCAUCACCAAGUACCCACUGCUGCUCCAGGCUGUGCUCAAGAGGAGCCCGGAGGCCCGGGCCCAGGAGGCCCUGACAGCCAUGAUUGGAGCCGUGGUGUCAUUCCUGCGGGACAUCAAUAAGAAAGUCCGCCAGAGUGAGGAGCAGAAGAGCUUGGAGGCUGCCACCAAACGCAUUGGACGCUAUGAGGUGCUGGAGCCAUCCAACGAGGAGGUGGAGAAGAGACUGCGUCCGUUCUCCUCCCUGAACCUGCUGGGCCCCAUAACGGGGGUGGCCUCCGAGCACACCAGGCAGCUGCUGCAUGAGGGACCCGCCAGAGUGAAGGAGGGCCGGGAAGCGAAGCUGGACGUGUACCUGUUGCUCUUCUCUGACGUGCUCCUGGUGACCAAGCCCCAGCGCAGAACAGACCAGGUCAAGGUCAUCCGCGCCCCGCUCAUGCUGGAUAAGCUUGUGUGCCAACCACUCCGAGAGCCUAACAUCUUCCUCAUGAUCCACCUCACGGAGUUCCAAUGCGCCUCCAGCGCCCUCAUUGUGCAUUGUCCCAGCCCUGCAGACCGAGCCCGGUGGCUGGAGAAGACCCAGCAGGCCCAGAGCACCCUGCAAAAGCUAAAGAUAGAAGAGUACACCCAACAGAGGAGGGAUCUCCUGGCCCUCUACCGGGACCAGAAGCAAGAGUCCCCAGGCACCAGGCCCUCCACACCCUCCACAGUCUCCCUGGAGAGCUCUCAGAGCAGCACGGAGGAGAGGACUUCUGAGUUCUCCGCCGUCAACCCCCGACUUGUGGUGACGGAAGACACAGAGGAAGAGGCUCCCUCAGGCCAGGAGGAUACCUCAGACUCCGGCUACGGCACGCUGGUCUCAAACUCCUCCAGGGGGUUCCGCUCCCCCCUGAGCCGUGCACGCCCUCGAGCCCUUCGGCGGGACCCUCGCCUCAUCCGUUCCACCCUGGACCUCCGAGAUGUUUCUUUGCGCCCCCAGCCUCCUGACCCCCAAGCCCUCCAACGACGAAGUGCCCCAGAACUGCCAGAGGAAGGAAUCCGACAAGGCGGCACUCUUCCCAGGGGCCCCCCCGCCGCCUGGUCUGGGGAAGAAGAGAGAACUCUGGGGGGCGAGAAUGUGGUGGUGGAAAGCUUGCACAGGGCCCGACUUCGGGGGCAGGUCCCCCUCUCCCCAGCCCACACUGACUCUGCUGGGGAAAGCCCCCGGGAGUCGUCAGGGGAUGAGGAAGAAGAGCCGUCCUUCUUCUUCCACCACCUUCGGGCCGAGGACAGGCUCAGAGAGGACAGGCUCCGAGAGAUCCGGGAGGAUCUGGCCUGCCAAAGGAUCGAGGGCAUCCCGGAGCCCAGGGACUGCAAGCCUCAGAAGCUGACCCAGGCCCAGCUGCUCAGGAUGCGGGGGAACCAUGUCAUACAGCUGGACAGCACCCUAACCACAUCGGAGGCGUGAGGAACACUAAGGACGUCGAGCAUUAGAAACUCCUCCCCGAGAGUGCUGGUCACCCCCCCACCCCUGGACUCUACCUCAAGGACCACACUCCCCACGAAGAUGCCUGGUCCAGGCCCCCCAUGCUUCUUGCUCAAGGAUUUAGGGGAUCAAGAGCUGUACAUUUAUGUGCCGUCCACACAACAGACACCCCCAUAAAGUUGUGCAUAGAAAUGACGGCUUGGUCGGUGCUAGAUGGUGUGAGGAGCACG